AUCGAUCACAAGUCACAACUACGAACAUAUGCUCACACCUAGUCCUAGUCAAAUCUUCCGCCGUCCCCUCCUCCUUCCUCCUCUCCUCUGUCCCCUGCAAUGCUCUGACCUUUCUCUACCUCUACCUAGCUACCCAAUCCAAUAACUGAGAUGGACGUAGUGUUACCAGUCCCCGCACACAGCUCCAACUUCGACAGUUCGUGUUCUUCUCCAUACAUCACUGCUCCUUCCAGCCCUCAGCGCUUUGGCAACGUCUUCUUCAGCGCCCCCACCAGCCCCACUCGCGCUUCCUCCUUUCACCGCGACUUCAACGACGCCGCUGACAGUUCGCAGUCGGCGGUCCCCUUCGAUUGGGAGGAAAAGCCCGGAACUCCUAAAGCUGGCGGUUCCAGAAGCAAAAAUGUUAAUCAUGAUGCCAUAGAGGAAGAUUUCGAGUUCGAUUUUAGCGGGCAGCUGGAGAGAACGUCUUUAUCCGCGGAGGAGCUUUUCGACGGUGGCAAAAUCCGGCCGUUGAAACCACCGCCAGGGUAUGAUCAAGGUUCUGGUCUUUGCUCCCCGAGAUCUCCGCGAUCUCCAAAAUCACCGAAAUCGAAAAUUUCGCCUAAAAAGGAAUUAGACCCAUUUGCGGUUGCAUUAGAGAAGACGAGAAUAGGGGAAGAAUUCGGACAAAAACAGAAGAAUUCACAGCGAGGGAGACACAGAUCGUCUGUUUCUUCAUCUUCGAGUUAUGUUCAUAAAGGGAGCAGAUCUUUGUCUCCCCUUAGAGUCCCCGACAUCAUGUUCGAACCAGAUCACGACAAUAAUCAAACCGAAAAAUCAACUGCAAAUCGAACGGCGACCACUCCGAAGUCUUACGCUUCUUCCAUUCUGUCGGCGAUUUCAUUUUCGAAAAGUUACAGAAAAUGGAGAUUGAAAGAUUUUCUACUCUUCCGGAGCGCAUCGGAAGGUCGAACGGGGAAAGACCAGCUAAGAAAAUACGCGUUGCUGGCGAAGAAAGAAACAGAGGAUGUCAAGAAUUCAAGUUUCCGGUCAACGGAGAGUGUGGGAUCGGUGUCUAGCCGGAGAAGAGGACCGAUUUCGGCUCACGAGUUGCAUUACACGGCGAACCGAGCGGUGACGGAGGAGAUGAAGAGGAAGACGUUUUUACCGUACAAACAGGGGCUGCUGGGUUGCUUGGGGUUCAACCCAGGCAUGCAUGAGAUUUCCAGGGGAAUUGGGUCUAUGACACGUGGAUGAUCCAGAUCUGCUUGAUCUUGCUGAACAUAUGUAAUUCUGAUUUUUUGUUUUUUGUGCUACAAAAUUAAAUUUUUGUGGUUUUCGUGAUAUAUUUGUUUGAUUAUGGGUGUUCCUAUCAAAGAAGUAGACCCAAAAAGGUUUAGUAGUAUAUGAUUACAUCAUAAUAAAUGGAGCUCUAGAGGAUUACAAAAAAUAUGUUACAACUACAACUGCUUUUUUUGGGGUUUAUUUGGGGAAUGAUUUACUAGUGAAUUUUUGAAGUAUGUAUAGAAAUAGAAAUAGCUUUUAGUUACACUCCAUUCUCUUAUGGAAAUACAUAUUGUAAUUACCAAGAAAUUUCAUUUGUAAUGCCACACCUUUUCUUAGGGUGAAAUUUGUAAUGCAUUAUUAGGUGUAUGCAAACAUGGUAUAUCUAGCAAAUUAAUGAAGAGCAGCACAAUUG